CGUAAUGUUUGUAGUGUUAUGGCGUACCAGGAAGGGGAGUCGCUCGAGUCUUGGCUCAACAAAGCCACCCAUCCAACAAACAGACAGGAGGACUGGGAGUAUAUCAUUGGCUUCUGUGACCAGAUCAACAAGGAACUGGAAGGUCCCCAGAUAGCAGUAAAGUUGCUCAUCCAUAAAAUCCAUUCACCACAAGAAUGGGAGGCACUUCAGGCGUUAACGGUGCUGGAGGCAUGUAUGAAGAACUGUGGGAGAAGGUUUCAUAAUGAAAUUGGAAAGUACCGAUUUUUGAAUGAACUGAUCAAAGUUGUGUCUCCAAAGUACUUGGGUGAUAACGUACCAGAGAAGGUGAAGGCAAAGAUCAUAGAGAUGCUUUACAGCUGGACGGUCGCUUUCCCCAAUGAAACCAAGAUCAGUGAAGCUUACCAGACUUUGAGAAGACAGGGCCUUGUGACCCGUGAUCCAGAGUUGCCGCUUGACAAGACUCUAGUGCCCUCACCUCCUACACGCCCCAAGAACCCUGUGUUUGAAAACGAGGACAUGGGCAAGCUGCUUGCUGAGCUUCUUCGGAGUAAAAACCCAGAGGACCUCCAGGAAGCCAACAGGUUGAUCAAAAACAUGGUGAAAGAAGAUGAUGCACGGGUGCAAAAGAUGACAAAACGUAUGCACACUCUGGAGGAGGUGAACACCAAUGUCAAGCUGCUGGCCGAGAUGCUGACACAUUAUGACAAGGACAGCUCCACUGAUUCAGACAAGGACAUCAUCAAGGAACUCUAUGAGCGUUGUGACAAGUUGAGACGAGCUGCUUUCAAAAUGGCCACCGAGACGGAGGAUAAUGAUUCAAGUUUGGGUGACAUCUUGCAGGCCAGUGAUGACCUUUCUAAGGUCAUCAACUCCUAUAAGAAGAUCGUUGAAGGGCAGACCAUCGGUGGUGAUGGUGAAGAGUGUAGAACUACAGCUGGGAGCAGUGAAACAACAGAGACACUGAUUGACAUAGCUGGCAUUGACAUUCCCAGCCCUCCUCAACCUGGCCCACCUACUCAGCCCUCGGAUGCCAUCUCAGCCAGUCCCAUGACUUUCCCUAUCCCGGUCUUGCCUCCUCCUCCCAAACGACCAGGCGGUUCCCAUGGCAGUCAAACCAGCAGCCCCAGCCACCCAGCCAUUCACAAGGGCUCCGCUUCUCUCUCUCUGCUCGAUGAUGAACUACUGUCCUUGGGAUUGAGUGAUCCUGUCCCCUCUCUGAGCAGCCAGUCAAAACCCAUGCUCAGUGAGCAACCCAGUCAGUGGAACGCUUUGCAGGCCCCAGAACCGAGUCAGGACCUGUUUGGUAGCAUAGCUCUUUCAGGUCCAAUGUUGCCCCCAGCAGGACCUCCCCCCGUCACACAUUCCCUCAAGGAUUUACAAGAUCUGGCUAUGCUGGGCUUUGGAGAGCAGAAAAUUUUGCCCAGUCAGACGAUGGGCAGUGGCUUCAGGAUGCCAGUGGCAGUACUCCCCUCCAUGCCCGGGCAGUGUGCACCCAUCUCAACCGCUCUCCUUCAGGCCGCCAUGCCCGGCUCCCCCGCUGUGUCCCACGCCAAGGCCCAGAGUCUGGGCUCUGCCCCAGGCAGCCCGCUGUUCCGCUCCCUGUCCCCCUCCCACCCUCCUCUCCAGGGUAGCCCCUCUAGAGGACCAGAGGUGUCCCUAGGCAAUGUGCAUGUUCCUCUGGAGGCCAUCAGACCAAGUAAAGUACUACCUGUGACGGCUUAUGAUAAGGAUGGGGUCCGUGUGCUGCUCAACUUUGCAUCAGAUUGUCCCCCUGGCAGGCCUGAUGUACUGGUAAUGGUGGUGUCCAUGCUCAAUACGGCUCCCCUACCUGUCCACAAUGUGACACUCCAGGCUGCUGUACCCAAGUCAAUGAAGGUGAAGCUGCAGCCUCCAUCAGGAACAGAGCUUGCCCCCUUCAAUCCCAUUCUUCCCCCCGCUUCCAUCACCCAGAUCAUGCUGCUGGCCAACCCAACCAAGGAGAAGGUGCGUCUACGCUACAAGCUGGGUUUCACGCUAGGCGAGCUUGUGUGCAAUGAGGUGGGCGAGGUGGACCAGUUCCCCCUACCAGAGACAUGGGGUCACUUAUAGCAAAGCUCUCGCCUAAUACUACGCAAUAGGACCAUGCCAACCCAUACUCCAUGAAGGGAUGUCUAAUUUUAAGCGCAUAUCCCAGAGAGUUGGUGUCAGUACGAAAAUGGUGGCGCAAAAGGUGGGGAAAAAAAUGCUGAUGUGAAAAUACCAACACAAUGCUACCUUUCAACUUCAUCAUUCCCUCAGUUGGCUAGUUUUUAUCUGCCAUCGUUUGUCAGCAAGAAACUCUCAGCAGACACCAAAACCUUUUACUCUGUAAUGCUUCAUCUCUGCCUCACAGUGACAGCCAUGUUGUCUCCAAGUCAGUGGUAUCAGUACAAACACUUCAGCAGAUCUUUCUUAAAGGUCUUUUUAACGGAUAUGAAUGUAAGAUUUCUUUGCACAAGCGCCCAGCCUGAGACUGACAAGACAGCAAGAUACGCAGAAAGUAAAAACGAACCCAUGUUAAGUUUUUAUCAAAAUAUGCUGGCAAGAAACGCCGAGAUUCCCAAGAGACAAGUCGUUUGGUUUUGGGAUGUCUGCUGCAAACCACCUUCAACAAAGCGGUUAGGAUCUACUGUACAAUAACUACGCUAUUUAUUCCUUUGGCCGAGCACUCACACAACCUGUAGCAUAUGCAUACGCCGUCAGUGUGAAUCUGGAGAACUGGGAAUGAUAUGUUGCCUGUUUGGACUCGGAAGAAAAUAACUGAAAGCUUAUUUGUGAGAUAGUCUUGUUGAAUAGCUGUGUAACCGACAUUUCAUUUCUGCAGAAACAUUUAUUAUUUUAUAUUACUUGGUGGCCAUUUUAGGGCAUGAGUGAUCAAGUAAUCACGUUUUAGCUUUCAGACUUGAGAUGUGAAAUGGUGAAGUAUAUUGUGUUUGACAAUUAUAGUAGCUUAUUUAGCCUAUUGUUUCUUGUCAGUGCACCAUCACACCCCAGUUUUGUUGCAUUAUGGGAAGGUUAACCCAUAGUGCUUAGGUUUAUUUCCUCAUUCAUGGUAUGCUAUCAAUAAGUUGUGAUUAUGAACCACUGCUGGUUUUAUUUCUUGUGUAUUUCUUUAAUUUAUUCAAAUUAAAUGGACAAUGAUAUGCCCAUAGAUUCUUUACGGUUCAAUCAUAGACAACACUGGAUUUGUAUUUAUUUAUCCUUAAAGUGCAGCUCUUUUCUGCCAUCGUCAGUAUUGGACUUUAGUUGAUUUUUGGACGUGACAUUUGGUUCAGUAUUUCAGUGCAUCUCUAAACCCAGCAAGUUCAAAGUGACCGAAAACCUGAAUUCAAGCUGGUGUGGUAGCGCAAAGUGGGAAUCUGUCAUCAUGCCAAACACUUCAGUGUACAACAGCUGAACGGCAGAGGACUGUCAUGUCUAACUUGACACACACAAGUCCACCCAAUCCUGUUUACUUAAACCCCUUCCACGGUAAUCCUCAAAUUGCUCUCAGCAUAGUUGAUACACACAAGUGUGUGUGCGCUGUGUACAUAGACGUACUUCUCGUCUGGUGUUUGAUGUGUAGAUAGAUAUUGAGAGUGUGUUAGGCUUGUAUAUAAUGUAUGAUGUGCUGUUUGUUUGCUGCAUGAAGAAAUAAAUGUCUU